AUAUUUUUAAUUUUUUACUUAAUUAUUUUAUUAUUUUUAAUUUCUAAUAUUUUCAUAAUUUUAUCUUCUAUAUUAUCAAAGAAAUCUUUCCUAGACCGAGAAAAAUGCUCACCAUUUGAAUGUGGAUUUGACCCUAAAUCCUCAGCACGAAUUCCUUUCUCAUUACAUUUUUUUCUAAUUACAGUAAUUUUCUUAAUUUUUGAUGUAGAAAUUGCAUUAAUCUUACCUAUUAUUCCCCUAUUUAAAUUAGUAAAUUUUUUCAUUUGAUUUAAAAUUAGUUUCUUUUUUAUUUUCAUCCUAUUAAUAGGCUUAUAUCAUGAGUGAAAUCAAAAUAUACUUAACUGAACAAAUU